AUGCAGCAUCACUCAUUCGUUAUACAGCCGAAAAAGGUUAUAACAUCCACGGAUGGGAGCUUGGUAAGAAAUUACUCGACUCUAACUGCAGUUAACGUAUUUUCUUUCCUUUUUUGGAAUGAAUUAGGAGGACGGCCAAUAUUAGGGGUGGCAAUCGGCGUCAAUCCGUACGUGCACGACACAUCUGUCCUCCGAGAUGUAAUACAAGAGAUUUACAAGGGGUCCCGUGAUAAGCCGCUGGUCAUUGCACCCGGAGGAAUAUUCGAACCCAGCUGGUUCAGUAGCUACAUACCCAAGAUGAAUGGGAUACUGGACGUGAUCACCCACCACACGUACACUGUCGGCUCAGGGGCCGACACGAACCUCAUGGACAGAAUUCUAAAUGCAACGGCUCUUGAUGAAGGAGCUGAAGUGUUUAGAGGCGUUUAUAAGAUUCUCAAGGAAUCUGGAACCUCGACAGUUGCCUGGAUUGGUGAGUCGGGAGGAGUGUACAACAGCGGCCGUGAUGGGAUCACAAACACGUUCCUCUUCAGUUUCUGGUAUUUGGAUAGCCUUGGGAUUGCGUCGAUUUACGACACCAAGGUGUACUGCAGGCAGACAUUGGUCGGUGGUAACUAUGGCUUGCUCAACACCACAACUUUUGCUCCAAAUCCAGAUUACUACAGCGCACUUCUUUGGCACCGUUUGAUGGGGAAAAAAGUUCUUCGUACAAGAUUUAAAGGGACUAAGAGCAUUCGAGCUUACGCCCAUUGCGCAAAACCAUCCAAAGGAAUCACGGUAUUACUAAUAAACCUCGACGGCGAAACAAAAGUCCAUGUGAAGCUCGACUUCAACACUACUCAUCCGCAUAGCUCGAAAGAGAAUUCGAAAUUUGUUGGUGACAAACUGUACAGAGAAGAAUACCACUUGAGCCCGAUGGAUAGGAACAUACAGAGCCGCACGGUUUUGCUCAACAACAAGGCAUUAAGUGUCGACUCAAACGGCACUAUACCUGCACUUAAGCCCCUUCGAGUAGCUUCUUCAAAGCAUGUUACCGUUCAUCCGCAUACCAUUGUAUUCGUACACAUUGCUGGUGCCUCUGUUCGUGCAUGUAUAUAG